UGAAAUUUUCCGACAUUUAGAAUCAUCCGUAUUAAAUUAAACGGGGAAUUGUGUCGCGCGCCCUGAAAGCGUCUUUCUCCAUGACAACCGCGACACGCGCCUCUGCCUCCACUUCCGGUAAACACACUCACGCCCUAGGCUAGUGUUAUUAUGAGCGAAGUGCGAGAUCUAGACGCCGUGGAAACACUUUCAGAUGUUGAUGUGUGUUACACGGUGUUUGAAGGCUCGUCGCAAGAGGAUGUAGCUUACGCCAAAGUUUUCUGGAGCUCCCUGUGUCUACAGCCACCCAUCGAGUCCAGCUUAGUUUCAGUGGACAUUAAGCAGCGUCUGAAGGUAGCCAAGGCCCCGCAAAGUAGGGUCAGCAAUAAUGUGCUCAAGCAGCCACCCUGGGCGAAAAAUGAAGAGAUCUUACAAAAGGCUUACCAGCUACAGAUGCAAGAUGAGAAGCAGAGUUACCUGGAAAUGGCCAAAAAGCGUGACGAGAUCAUGGCCCUGUUGAAGAAGCAGAGAGAAGAUCGGAUUAAGAAAGAAAUGGUAUCCCGUGUGCACAAGCCAAGUAGAGCUGAGCUGAAUGAGAGGUUUUCUUGCAAGACUCCUCUCGAGGUUCUGGAUCAAGACAUAAAGGAAGUCCGAGAACUUGUAUAAAGUGUGCCACCAGCCUUUGGAAACCUAAUACUAUUAUUUUGUUUGAAGAAUAUAUGAAUAUGAAUGGUACUUUGUAUUAAACCUUUCCUGUCCACUUCUUGUGUAAAGCAGAAAAAAGUGAAAAGUCCAGUGUGAAGUUCUUUUAAAGCACAUAAAUUUCACUGUACACUAUACUGCCAAAAGUUUUGGGACACCCCUCCAAAUCAUUGAAUUCGGGUGUUUCAGCAUACCAAGACAUUUUGGACAAUUUCAUGCUCCCAACUUUGUGGGAACAGUUUGGGGAUGACCCCUUCCUGUUCCAACAUGACUGCACACCAGUGACCAAAGCAAGGUCCAUAAAGACAUGGACGAGCGAGUUUGUUGUGGAGGAACUUGACUGACCUGUACAGAGUCCUGACCUCAACCCCAUAGAACAUCUUUGGGAUGAAUUAGAGUGGAGACUGUGAGCCAGACCUUCUCAUCCAACAUCAGUUCCUGACCUCACGAAUGCAUUUCUAGAGGAAUGGUCAAGAAUGCCCAUGAACACACUCCUAAACCUUGUGGAAAGCCUUCCCAGAAGAGUAAACUGUUAUAGCUGCAAAGGGUGGACCAACUCCAUUUUACAUUCAUGUGCAUGUAAAGGCAGACGUCCGAAAACCUUUGGCAAUAUAGUGUGUGUCCAUUUGACUUUUCUGUAUAGGAAUAUACAGGAAGCUAUGUAAAGGAAGCUGCUUUGAGACAAUGCUCUUUGUUAAAAGCGCU